GGCAGAUAGAAUCUGAAAAGACCGCAUCGUAGCAAGUACUAGCUCACAUCGGUUUUUUGACGCUCACAGAAAGUGAAACUGUUCUUGAAACAGACAAAGAACUACCUAGACAGAAAGACAAGCAAGAAAAAAAUGGACCCGCGCGAGAAAUUGAUUGAGGUAUUGGAUGAGUUUCAUCUUAUCAUGAUUUCCUUUUCAUCUAUUUGAUUUUUCGAUUUAGCGUUCGGGAAAACCAAACGAGAAGUGAUACAAGACGCUCGAAACUCUAUGUUGAUAAUCUUAAUCUUCAAUAUUUUUGCAGGAGCUUCUGUCGGAGAAACGGCAGAACGAGCAGACAAACGAUUUGGCCGCGAAGCAGGAAUCCGAGUGGGGCGCGAGAUGGGACAAGACGGAGGAUUUGGUCAGACAACUCCUCGAGGAGCGGGGAACAAAUCCACAUUCCUCUCAGCCGCUCGCACCGACGGGAUCUUCAUCUACCUAUGAACUGCAAAAGUAUCGUACUUCUCGUAUAAAUGCAUCACAAAUUUCCUCAGCAUGAGAAAGAAAAUUUGUAAUGCGGAUUUGCCUUCAGAAAAAGAUUUGUAAUGCAAGACUUGCAUUUAUACGAAACGAAUGCGAUGCUUUUGCACGGGAUACUAUCGGAGCUGGUGCAACCAACUUCCCCGACGCACCCACCCCGUCGACGGGUAGCAUGUCGAAGCUGCACCAGCCUCGGAGUGGUGCGGCGGGGGCUGCUGCCAGCCGGCAAGAUCCCCUGCACGAAAACCUCGUUUACAAGGGGGGAGGCCAGUACGUGCGCGCUCCUCCGAAUGCUAAUGCACCAAGUAGUAGCAGCAGCAGUACCAUGACGAGCAAACUCAGGCCGCCAGGAACGACGAGCACCGUAGUUCACUCGACGAAGAAGUCGCAGUCGCGGGCCUCGGCCAUCGCGGGAAGUUCGUCGAUACCGACGAGCCAAGCGGGAAAUCAAACCCUCGUGGUGUCACGGCAGGAGGCCGAGCUGCGGCUGGAGGACAGAGCAGCCAUGUGGGCCCUGCAGCACAAACGAAAGCUGGAGGCGCGGGGGAAGGCAAAGCAACUGCUCGAGGAAGAAAAAAUGAAGGAGUGCACGUUUCGCCCCAACACGCGGAUCCAGAAAAACAGCAAUCAGAUAUCUGCCGUGGAGUACGAAGAAUCGCCGGAGGAGAUGUUCGAACGCCUUCACCACGAAGCCGACCAGCGAAACCGCAUACGAGAGAAGGCGAAGUCCCUCCUCGAGGAGAGUGAAGUCCAGGAACUCACGUUCCAGCCAAAUCUUGAGCCCGGCCGGGGACGGCAAAACGCGUUUGGCAGGAGAACUACUGGAGGUAGAUGCGUUUUUAUUUCGUGGAACUGAUGUUAUGAAUACUCCUGAUUGGGAAUCACUACUACUACAAUAUGAUCUUUUAUUGCCCACAGCGCAACAAUGGUUUUGAUUUGAAGCUGAGUCUAAAAACCGGAAGGUCAUACGUUGAAUAGGUUUCUUUUGGUGAUCGCAGUCUCCUGCUCCCAGGCGGAUGAAAAUUUAUUUCUAAACUAGCUCUAGCAUUCAUUUUCAUAUAUGAUGCAUUCCUUUCAUUGAUACUGUGCCGAGCUAAGUUUUUCGCUCCUCACACCCAGGUCCCCGGAGUGCUUCAGCCGGUGCGCCCGGUCGAUGGCGAGACAAACCCUUGCGCGAGCGCGUCGACGAGGAACAGCGCAAAAAGGCCGAGCACCUGCUGCAGACGCAGAUGGAGGUGGAGCGACGGGAGAACGCCACUUUUCGCCCCAAGCUCUCCGCCGCUUCGGAACGCAUGAUCCAGAAGAAGCGCGAGGAGGCGCAGCGCCUCGUCGCGAGUAUGGCGUUCUCAACUGUUACAUUCUAAACUGUAUACAUGAAUUUGCGAUGCAAGAAUUGCAAAAGUGAAAUGGGGGAGGUUGCACCUCUAGCAUUACAAGUUCUGCACAGAUUUAUGUGCUGUUUAGCCCUUCGCAAAUUUGUCAUGCGAAGACGCUUUCUCGUGUGGAUCCUCUUGAUGGUAGUUCUGCAUGGACAAAGUCAUGUAACAGUCGAGAAUGUAACACCUGAGAACGCCAUAGAGAGCGGGCAAGACGUCGACGGCGAGGCGGCGCUGUUCGUGCAGAACGCCGCUGACCGGCUGUAUCACGUGGGAAAGUUGAAAAAGCAGCUCGAGCAGCAGGACGGCGCCGGGCAAAUGGUCAUGGACGCGGCCACCGCAAAACUGUCUGCGCCGAAAACCGAUGCUAUCAACUGUAAAAAUGUCUGGGUCUGGAAGAAUUCAUGUUUGUCAUGCUUGUCUGGCAUGACUCUUAAAUCUGUCAUGCAUGUCACCCAAGAGCUCCGCUUUUCUGUAAUGCAGAAGCGCAGUUUGUCAUGCAGAUUAGGCCACACCUAGGAGCUCAGAAACUUGUCAUGCUGAGCCAGCAUUUGUAGCCUCAUCAUGAGACGCCACCCAGCAUCACAAGUUCCCAGACCCAGACAUUUUUACUUUUGAUAGAUGCCAUCGUUGAGCAAAGCGUCUUUUUCCAGGGCCCCUGCUCCGAUUUUCUCGUGCGUCAGCAAACCUUUGAAGACGCUCGCACGCAGCGAAGGGAAUUGAGACGAAAAAUUCAAGAAGCAGACAUGAAGUACUUACAAAAUAAAGCGACUUUUGGUUUUGUUUAGGCUAGGUAAGUAACGAUACUUCCGUGCUCCGAUGUCUUCUCGACGUAUUGCUGCUUUUCUGGGUGUUCGGGUGCCGUGUUUCGUGGAAAUAAAAAGUACAAUUCUGCCACACUAUGUGCCUGCUUACACGACUUGACUCUCACUUUUCAGGUUCCAGCCGACCAUCAGUAAGGUGAGCGAGGCGCUGGCGCGCACGAACGUGAAGCGACUGAACGCGGAAGGUGCGUGGCAGGAUCGCAUGUCCACCGCGGAGCAAAAGGAGCGGGAGCAGCGACAGCUAUCAAACAAAGAAGUGUUAACGUUAACGGUUUUCACAGAUUGCAGCUAUGCAUGGCAGAUUUUGCCUAGAAUACAUGCUAUGCAAUACAAAUUUAGGUACCUUUUGCUUUUCUGAUGCGUUCCUGCGUCACAAAUUCCGUUAACGUUAACGCUUUUUCCUGUGAUAACAGCAGAUGAUAGCGCAGGAACACCUGAAGGACUACACGUUUCAGCCCAAGAUCAAUCCGGUCAGCUCCAAGCUGGUGAUGAACAAAAGUCAAGUUGGCGGAGAAAACAAGUCCAUGACGGCAUUUUCCCCGCGAGGCAAUAAUAAAGCGCGGUCGGUGUCGGUUGGCGAAGUAGACGGCCUCGACAAGUCGACGGCCUCGGGAGUCGAGCGAGAGGAUGCAUCCUUAUUGGAGGUACAUCCAGCUCCUCCGGCUUACGUGCAAAAGGGGUUUGACGCGGAGGGGAAUAUGAUUCCCGUCCACGAACGGCUGUACAAGGAGAACAACCGGCGGCAGGAGGUUUUCGUGCAGCAAUUACAGGAAAAAGAAGACGACUUCAAGAAGAACUACACCUUUCGCCCGGAGGUGAGGCCCAAGUACCGAACCAAAGCAGAGUCCCUCUACGACCAGCGGAAGAAGGAAAACUUGCUGCAAAACAUCGCCGAAACGCAGCGGAGACGGGAAAUCGAGAUCGAGAAGAAGAAAAAGCUGCUGGAGGAGAGCGAAAAAAAGAACUGCACUUUCAAACCCAAACGGGGCACCCGACCGCCAAAACCGCAAGGACCCAUCAUCGUUAACGGCCUCAGCAGGUAUUUUUUUGCUUUUCCUACACUUCUGACUGUACAGCAUGAAUUCAUUACUCAUGAUAGGAUUCUUCUCUGUGGCAGUAGAAUUGUGGUCUUGCAGCUUUUGCUUACCGCCGCAAGAACAAGAAAUCGCGAUUGCACACAAGCCGACGUCGACCUAGAUGGCCAAAUGAACGCAGGUUUCUCGAACAGAAAGAAGCCGCGCGGAAGAAAGCCGAAGAAGAAAAAGCUGCACAAGAGCUCGCCUGGGGAGCAAAAACCAAGGGUAAGAACUAUUCACACAAGAUUAGACCCUGCCGUCUACUUUUGUCAUCGACGUACCUUCGAACCUAUUAAAGGAAAAAUCGCGCAAGAAACGUCCUUGAUUCUUCAUGGGCCUUUGAAGUCAGGACGUGGACAUGCUUUCGAAUUCAUUUUUUAGCUUUUUGCUUUUGAUGUAUCAGGUCUCCUGGAAAAGCGCUGCGGCGGCGUUACGGUCCCGAGACCAUUUCACCUGUCGGAAACACGAGACGGUAGGCGAAUGCUUCGUGCCGAACAGGAGGCAGAAAAGAGGUAUGGGUACUUUCUUCAAUAACUUUUUGUUUUUUCGUUGGUCUACUUCUGUUUGGUAACAAUACAGCUGUACAACUAGCCUCUAGCUACCUACUUAAAUCGAAGCGCGUCCUUGCCUUCCGCCUCCUUGUAGGCUCGCUGAAGGAACAAGCGCUCUACGUGGUUGAAAUUGAAUUAUCAGGUUGCAAGAAUACACGUUCAAACCGCGGACGCUCGAAGGAGGCCGCACCGCCCGGCUAAACCGAAUUCUGGACGGGCAGGACAUCGACUCGGUGAUGAGCCAAAGCGGGUUUCCGAUGGGACCCGAUGAAACACCAGUCGCAGCCAGAUAGCAGCAACACUUGUUGUUGUUCCAUCGACACCAGAACGAACAGGAUGAGCUUGAUGUCGCGGAAUAUCGUCCCUCAGCGCAGCUGUGAUUGAAAGAAAGUCAAAGGAUUUUUCAAGGUAAAAGUUCAUGAUUUUACAUGAAAAACGGUCAAUGAAAUUGUCUAGCGGAACUUUUUGAUUUCAGCAUGCGAAUGCGAUGCUAAAAGAAGAAAUCUUGAAUGUAGUCAGUGAUCCUGAAGAUUCCUAAGUCAGACAAGCGAGCUGUAGAUGUGUUUGUGUUUGAAUUUAUGAUCACAGUCACUCGUGUAGGUGACACGCAGUUUUGCUCCGCCUGGCUACGGCUCCUAGUUGCUGAAUAGGUUGGAUCUAUCUGCUGUGGUCAGCGCAGGUUUUAUGUUGAAAAGAAAGACCGUUGCUGAAACGCCAGGCUGACAAAGGCGAAAAAAAAAUAGAGGCAAGAAGAAGGAUCAACCUUCAACACCUUUUCCGUUCGGCGAAAUGCUUCGUGUUCACCUUUCCGCGUCUUCCGA